AUGGAUCCUGAUUCAUUAGAUAAUAAUUAUUCCCGUACACGAAAUUUUUCAACUAUGCAAGAAGAAAAUCCAGAACAAACAUCUGUAACUACUUCUAACUCAGGUAUACUAACUUCGAGAUCAACAACAGGACAAGUAUAUUCAGGCAGUAUAAUGCGUACAUCUCAAAUGUCAGGAUAUACAUCAUCAUCCCCGUCUUCCAGAACAUCAACACCAAUUAUAACCACUGUUGAUCAGAGUUUUUCAUCACCAAAAUCAAGAAUUUAUACAUCGACAAAGGAAUUGUAUAAUGAACAAACUCUUCAUCAUGCUUUACCAGCUAAACGUAGAGAAGUUAAAUUUGAAGAUAUACAAACAACAACCGGUAAUUUUUCACCAACAAAUGAUGAAGAUCUCAAUGUUUCAGAGACUACUUAUAAAUUUCCAUCUCAGGAAAAAGAGCUAAAAGAUGAGACAGAAACAACAAAGUAUUAUACUUCAACAAUGAAAUCUUCAUCUCCAACAAGUCGAACGAAAUUUGUUGAUAUUCCAACAUAUGAACAUAAUCAAAACACAAAAAACUAUCAAUUUGGAAAAAAUCAAUCUUCAGCGCAUGUGACAACUCUUUUACAAAGUAGUGGUGGGAGCGUCGGUAACCGUGAACAUUUUACAAGACGAGGAAAUGAGAACGAUGAUUUAAUUUCAUCUUCAACGAAUUUGGCAACUCAACAAGCAAAAUCAAAGUUUAUCGAUGAUUAUAUGACACAUCAAAUUGGUGAAAAGCGUGAAUUAAUAAUACUGAAUAGUCGUUUUGAAGAUUAUUUGAAUAAAACAAAACGUUUAGUUCACUUAAAUACUAAUUUACGACGACAAGUCGAUGAUGCCUAUAGACGUUAUAUGGGACGUACAACAGAUUUUGAUGAGGAAGUGGAAAAGGAUAUUAACUAUAAUGAGGACAAUAGAGAGAAUCGUGCACGAAAACGUUCUCCAAAUGAAGGUGAAAAAGCGAUACAACAGAAAAAUUUUAAUCAUCCUCAAGAUAAACAAUUAAUUAAUUUGCGUAAUAAAAUCACCGAUGAAGUUCGUCACCAAACAUCAGUACAAAUUCGUGUUCAACGUGCCGAUCAUGAUAUUAAAUUUUAUAAAAAUGAAAUUAAAUGUUUAAAUAAUUGUGAUUUAACAGAAAAUAAUAAAUUAAAUCAAAUGAAACAAGAACUAGAACAUAAUGUGUACGAAUUAGAACAAUUGAAAAAACAAUAUGACAAACGUGAAGAUGAUUUAGAAAAGUUAAAACAAUUAUACGACGAAUAUAUGAAGAAAAUUGUUCAUUUUACUGAUGAAUAUGAUACAAUUACUUUUGAGAGAAUGAAAAAUGAAAAUCAAUUGUAUAAUCUUCAAGAACAAAUUGCUUUUCAACAAGAAUAUCAGAAUCGAAUAUAUCAAGAAUAUGAACAUUUAGAAAAAUUUGAAUCUGAUUUUAAUCAAGAAUUUAACACAAAGGAAUUACAAAAUGUAGUCGAACAAAUAAGACAUGAUUAUGAAGAUUAUAACCAGAUAAGAAUAGAAGAAUUGGAAAAUUUGUAUAAAACAAGACUAAAUGAUAUCAAAGAAGCAUUUCAAAAACAAGAAGAAUUGAAAUCCAUUAGUGGUUAUGAUUUAGAAAAAUCUGUCAGACCAAAAGAAUUUAAAAUUAUGUUGGAUACAACAAAGGAACAGCAUCGAAAUUUACUUGAACAAAAUUAUGUGCUAAAAGAAAAAUUAGAGCAAUUGGAACAAGAUCUACGAGGUAUAAUUGAUAAUAAUAAGCGUGUAUAUGAGAGUUCCGAUCUUGAAUAUCAACAAUUACAAAAUGAAUUACCAGAAUUAGAAAAUAUUAUACUACGUUUGAGAGAGAAUGCUGUUGGUCUAUGGGCAGAAAUAAACACUUAUCGUUGUCUACUAUUAAGUUUGCUAUCACCAUCUCAUUCAUCGUUAACUGGAAGCACAGAAAUAACCGAUGAAUCGGUUCGAACACAAGUAGAACCGAAAUAUAUACCAUCAAUUAUAACGCCACCUCUACCAAAAGCGACACGAGAAGAGUUCACCGAGAAGUUCACUACUAAAAAAUAUCGUGCACCUAUAGCAACAUCGAUAUCUACUAGUAGUAAAUCAAUAAUAGCACCAUCAGCAACAACAAUUAAUACUGAAACUCAAUAUGAUCAGCAAGAACGAAGUCAAUCAUCUGGAAAAAUAAUGUCUAUCGAUACUAGUGGAAAAACAAAUAUGGAAACACGACGAGAAUUAAUAACAGAAGAAUCAGAUAAUACUGCAGUAAUAAGUCAUCCAUAUUCUUCUCCAUCUCUUCCAUUUCGAUCGGCACAUACACAACACAUGAACACUGCAACAACGACAAAUAGAGGUUCACAUCAAUAUGAUCAGCAAGAACAAAGCCAUUCAUCUGGAAAAAUAAUGUCUAUCGAUACUAGUGGAAAAACAAAUAUGGAAACACGACGGGAAUUAACAACAAAAGAAUCAGAUGAUACUGUAGUAAUAAGUCAUCCAUAUUCUUCUCCAUCUCUUUCAUCUCGAUCGGCACAAGUAGAACACAUGAAUACUGCAACAACGACAAAUAGAGGUUCAUCUACCAUCAUAUCUGUAGCUUAUUCGACAGGAGGUCAAAAGUUUUCUCAACAGCAAGACUAUCACCGACAUUCGCCGAGUAAUGUCAUUCAGUUGGAUGGUAGUGGAAUGUCCAUUUCUGAACAAUCCUCCCAUGUGGUAAUACCGAUGAGUAUGGCAAAAAAAAUAACAACGAGCAGUAGUAAUGAUAAUACGGACUAUCGAGAUGUGACAAUGGCCAGAAAAAUAUUGCCCUACUGUGAGCAAUAUCGUGACGAAGCAACAGGAUUCAUUGUUCACAUCGAAGAUGGUAUUAUAUGGGUACGAAUAUAA